UAGAUCCCUCCCAAGCCUUCCAAUACCCAUGCUCUACCCAUCCCUACCCUUCCCAACCCCCGUGCCCCAACCCCCACUCCCCGACACACACACACACCAGCCUAGGGGUGGCCCCAGCCCUCCUCAGGAGACCUUUCCAGGGCAAAUUUCAGGUGAGUCCCCUAACCUCACAUCCUGUGCACUCCCCCCCCCCCCCAUGGUCCAGGGUUCUGGCAGGAAUAGGCUGAUCUCCCUUCCAAAAGAGGCAGCAGGGAUUGGAGGUCGGGUGUGCACAGACAGCCUGAUACUGUCACUCCAGGAGACACUCCGCCUGAAGGAGAAGGAGGGCUGCCCCCAGGCCUUCCAUGCCCUGCUGUCCUGGCUCCUGACCCAGGACAGUGGGGCCAUCCUGGACUUCUGGAGGGUUCUCUUUAAGGACUACAAUCUGGAACGCUACAGCCGCCUGCAUCCCAUCCUGGAGGGCUUCCCAAAAGAUGUGGACCUCAGCCAGCCCCGGAAGGGAAGGAAACCCCUUGCUGGUCCCAAGGUCUCAGUACUGCCGCCCAGACCCCCCACCAAGAGAAAAGCCCUAGAGGAGCCUCGGGCUACCCUACCAGCAGCCCCGACCCCCAAGAGCUCUGCCAGCCCAGGCUCCCACCCAAAGACCAAGCCCCCUAAGAAGCCAGAGGGCAGUUUGGAGUCACAGCGCCUCCCCCUGGGGAAUGGAAUCCAGGCCAUGUCGGCUUCCGUCCAGAGAGCUGUGACGGUGUCCUCCGGGGAUGUCCCAGGAACCCGAGGGGCUGUGGAAGGAAUCCUUAUCCAGCAGGUGUUUGAGUCAGGAGGAUCCAAGAAGUGCAUCCAGGUUGGGGGCGAGUUUUACACCCCCAGCAAGUUUGAAGAUCCCAGUAGCAAUGCAAAGAAUAAGACCCGUGGUGGUAGCAGCCUAAAGCCCGUGGUCCGAGCCAAGGGAGCCCAGGUCACUAUUGCUGGUAGAGAUGAGCAGAGAAUGGGCCAGCAGUGUGGGGUCCCUGCCCUUCCAGCCCUUCCCAGUGAGCCCCAGGUUCACCAGAAGAACGAGGACGAAUGUGCUGUGUGCCACGAUGGAGGUGAGCUCAUCUGCUGUGAUGGCUGCCCCAGGGCCUUCCACCUGGCUUGCCUGUCCCCACCUCUGCGGGAGAUCCCCAGCGGCCUCUGGAGGUGCUCCCGCUGCCUCCAGGGCAGAGUCCAGAAGAACCUGUCCCAGCCUGAGGAGUCCAGGCCCCUGGAGCCACCUGCAGAGACCCCGAUCCUCCUGGGACUGAGGUCAGCUUCAGAGGGGACCAGGGGCCUGACCAGGGAGCUCCCAGCCAGCUCAGAGGCAGCCAUCACAUACGUGAACAUGCUGGCCCCCCCUUCUGCGGCCCCCCUGCCUCUGCUGGAACCUUCAGCACUACGCCCUCUGCUAAGUGCUGGGACUGAGGGGCAGCAGAGUACGGCACCCGGCGCACGGUGUGGUGUGUGCGGGGAUGGCGUGGACACGCUGCGGUGCGCACACUGUGCGGCGGCCUUCCAUUGGCGCUGCCACUUCCCGAUGACCGAAGCCCGGCCAGGGACGAACCCCCGCUGCAAGUCCUGCUCUGCAGACCCGACUCCCACUCCUGGUGAGGCAGGGCCGACUUCUGCGCGCCCGGCCCCUGGGCUUGCCAAGGUGGGGGACGACUCUGCUGGUCACGAGUCUGUUCUGCAAAGGGAUGAUCUGGAGUCCCUCCUGAAUGAGCACUCCUUCGACGGCAUCCUGCAGUGGGCCAUCCAGAGCAUGUCACGGCCGCUGGCCGAGGCACCACCCUUCUCCUCCUGACCCCAGGUGGCCCAGGAGGGUGGGCAGCACAGCGCUGGCCCCCACUCCACAUCAUCGGAUGAAGCAGAGUUGUUGUUGCCUUACACCUGCAGCCACUCUGUUCCGAGAGGACAUGCUCUGUCCCCCCAGCAGUCGGGCUGGUUAGGACCAAGAGCUGGCAGGUUCCAGCUGUCAGUACUCUCAGCCUGCAGAUGGUCCUGGUCCCUUGUGGGGACACAAGGCCAUCCUGUGUUCUGAUAUUAAAAGUCAUUUCUGGGCCUGGAGAGAUGGCUCAGAGGUUAAGAGCACUGACUGCUCUUCCAGAGGUCCUGAGUUCAAUUCCCAGCAACCACAUGGUGGCUCCCAACCAUCUGUAAUGAGAUCUG